AUGCCUGUGAUGAAGGGAUUAUUAGCGCCGCAGAACACGUUUCUGGACACUAUAGCCACACGGUUUGAUGGAACUCACAGCAACUUCAUCCUGGCCAAUGCUCAGGUGUCGAAAGGCUUCCCCAUCGUCUACUGCUCUGAUGGCUUCUGUGAGCUCACAGGAUUUUCCCGGGCAGAGGUCAUGCAGAAGAGCUGUGCCUGCAAAUUCCUUUAUGGGCCUGAGACCAGCGAAAGCAUCAUCCUCAGCAUCGACGACGCCUUGGAGGAGCGCAAGGAGUUUAAGGACGAGAUCAUGUUCUACAAAAAGACAGCUGUGCUGUUCUGGUGCCUGCUGGACAUUGUGCCAAUUAAGAACGAGAAGGGAGACGUGGUGCUCUUUCUGGCUUCAUUUAAGGACAUCACCGACACCAAAGCUAAAGCCAUCCAAGAGGACAAGAAGGAAGAGCGACGGCGCGGCAGGGUGAAAACAGGCUCUCCAUUCAGCUCAGCUCGUUUGCGGAGCAGUACAGUGCUCUACCACAUCUCUGGUCACCUCCACAGCAGAGAGAAGGGCAAGAUUAAACUCAACAAGAAUGUGUUUGGGGAUCCACCGGCUCUACCAGAGUACAAGGUAGCAGAUGCCAAGAAGUCCAAAUUCAUCUUACUGCACUACAGCACAUUCAAGGCCGGUUGGGAUUGGUUGAUUCUGCUUGCCACAUUCUACGUUGCUGUGACGGUGCCCUACAACGUUUGUUUCAUCGGUGAUGAUGAUGACCUGACCCGCAGCACGACUGUCAGUGACAUCGCAGUGGAGAUACUCUUCAUCAUAGAUAUUGUUUUCAAUUUUCGCACCACUUAUGUCAGCAAGUCGGGCCAAGUGAUCUUUGAUGCUCGACAGAUCUGCAUCCACUACCUGACCACAUGGUUUAUCAUCGACCUGGUGGCUGCAUUGCCCUUUGAUCUGCUCUAUGCCUUCAAAGUCAGCGUGGUGUCUGUGGUCCACCUGUUAAAAACGGUACGUCUGCUCCGUUUGCUGCGGCUGCUCCAGAAGAUGGACCGCUACUCGCAGCACAGCACGGUGGUCCUCACCCUGCUGAUGUCUAUGUUCGCCCUGCUGGCCCACUGGAUGGCCUGCAUCUGGUAUGUCAUCGGCAAGAUGGAGAUGGAGUCCAACACCUACAACUGGGAGAUCGGGUGGCUCCAUGAGCUGGGGAAGCGCCUGGAGUCGCCGUACUAUACCAUAGGAGGUGUUAAUGGGACCGGCAGUGGUCCAUCCAUCCGGAGCGUCUACAUCGCUUCACUCUACUUCACCCUCAGCAGUCUGACCAGCGUGGGCUUUGGCAACGUGUCGGCCAACACUGAUGCCGAAAAGAUCUUCUCUAUUUGUGUGAUGCUUAUAGGAGCACUGAUGCAUGCCUUGGUCUUUGGUAAUGUGACAGCCAUUAUCCAGAGGAUGUACUCACGCUGGUCCCAGUAUCACACCAGAACCAAAGACCUCAAGGACUUCAUACGCGUCCAUCAUCUGCCACAGAGCCUCAAGCAGCGAAUGUUGGAGUAUUUUCAGACAACCUGGUCAGUCAACAACGGCAUCGACUGUAAUGAGCUGCUGAAGGACUUCCCGGACGAGCUGCGAUCUGACAUCACCAUGCACCUUAACAAGGAGAUCCUGGAGCUGUCGUUGUUUGCCUCUGCCAGUCGUGGCUGCCUGCGCUCCCUGUCUCUGCACAUCAAGACCUCCUUCUGCGCUCCGGGGGAGUAUCUCCUCCGACAGGGUGACGCACUCCAGGCCAUCUUCUUUGUCUGCUCGGGGUCCAUGGAGGUUCUGAAAGAUGGCAUGGUGCUAGCCAUCCUGGGUAAAGGUGACCUGAUUGGGGCGAACCUGUCCUUAGACGACCGGGUGAUAAAAACCAAUGCGGACGUGAAAGCCCUGACCUAUUGUGACCUGCAGUGUAUCAACCUGAGGGGGCUGUAUGAGGUGUUGGACCUUUACCCUGAAUACUCCUACAACUUCGUCCAGGACAUCCAACAGGACCUCACGUACAACCUGAGGGAGGGACAUGAGACACACGUUAAGGCCAGACUGUCCACAACAGCUCUGGAUACUCAGUCAGGGGUGAGAAAGAACGGGCGAGUGGUUCAGGGUUAUCCACCCAUCAUUGAGGAUCAGGAAGAACGUGAAGUCAAUGAGGAUGAGGAGGAGGACGAGGCCACGUCUGUGUCUUUGUCAUCGGAGCGCAACCGAGCAGUGAGCCUCGGGGAUGCCGAUGGGAAGUCUCUACUGAGCCAACCCAGCCAGAAGACCACGGGGCAGAGCUCCAAGAGGUCUCGGAGGAAGAUCCAGGAAAUUACUCUCACCACUUUAGACCCUUGCAACCUCAGCCCCAGGAUCGUGGACGGUACUGAAGACAGUGAGAGGACAGAGAGUUCCAUGGCCUUCUCCUUCCCCGCCACCCGGGGUUGUCCCAUCAGUGAACCAACCAGUGCCUCAGCAUCUGCCACAGAUAUGCUGCAGAUAAGCACGGCAGAAUUAGCAGCAAAAGCAGAAGAGACCAGGGAACAACUGCGACAUCUUGACCAGCAGGUGAGCACCCUGGGCAGGGAAGUGGCUGACCUUGGACGAGUCAUGAAGAGAAUGGCUCAACUCAUGGAGAACCUCAUGUCAUCGGUGCCACCACCUUCAGUUGACUGCCCAGCGCAUUACUCGCUGGCACACAACACAUACCUGCUCCAUCCCAACCCUCCUCAGUCUUACCCUUCACCAUCACAGACUCCCUCCAUCUGGACAGACACAUCUUUGUCAUUGCCCUCCUCUCCCCUCACAAUCCCCCAGCAACAUGGUGCAACACGCCACAUGGACUCCCUCACACAUAGACCCCAGCAUCUCCAGCUGGGGUACCCAGCUAUCCCCAGCUCAACUCCACCUGCAACCCCCAACUCAUCAGCCCUUCAAUUACAGCCUCACAUGCCUUCCUCACCCCUCAGCUCACCGGAGAUUUCCCACUAUAAAGACGAGGCCUGUAGCUCCAUCAGGUCAAGGGUACAUAGUCCACCUCCGCAGGACGGGGGAGAUGAGGGCCCUCGUCAGAGCUCUGGGUGUUCUCCACAAGCUGGACUAGGGGUGGGUUACCACAAGCCAACUAAGGGUUUGUAG